AUGAUUUUUGAAAAAAGACCUACUCAGGUACCAAUGAUAACAGUAAACCAGAGUAGUCGAUGCCAAGCUUUAAUUUUGAGUCCACUCCGUUUAAUGCGAGUAAUUGCAGAAAGGAAACGGCUUUAUAGGAAAAAGGAUCAGAAAUUUAUUUUUGGUAAUGAAAUGGAUGAGCGAAAAUCCUGCAGAAUUGGUGAAGGUGGUUUUGGUUCAGUAUUCCGUUACGUAUACAAUAAUCGUGACGUAGCUAUCAAGCAAUUACAUCGCAGUCGUCAUUCACCUACGUCUGAUUUUCAUUCAUUCUGCUCAGAACUGAAUGCUUUCCGUUUGCCUCCGUCGCCGUAUGUUGUGCAGACUAUUGCAUUCACGUCGUCAAAAAGCUGCAUGCAAGUUAUAACAGAAUUUAUUGAAGGCAAAAAUUUGCAACAAUUAAUCAACGAUGAAACUUGGCAAGUAGACAUUCACCAGCGUCUACAACUUGCACUUCAGAUUAUAAGUGGUUUGGUACAUUGUCAUAGUCAUUUACUGCUUCAUUUGGAUGUAAAACCAGCAAACAUUUUUGUGGACGCUACUUGUAAAAAGUGUAAAUUGUCUGAUUUUGGUUGCUCAAGAACAGCAGUAAGUACGGAAACGGAUAUAUUGCACGCUGAGAUAACAAGAAGCUCAUGCUUUGGCACUGUAGCUUAUAAGGCACCAGAACUUCUGAAGGGUUUAGAUGCAACCGAUCGAGCUGAUAUUUAUUCAUUUUCAUUGGUUUUAUGGGAACUUUUAGCAAGAAAAGCAGCUUUUGAUAGGGUACACCCACAUGUUCUUAUUUACGGUAUUGUUGCUAGAAGGAUAAGACCAAAAAUUGAUGAAUUGAAUUUUCUUAAAGAAAAAAAGAAUGAAGAGUUGGUUACACUAUUGCAAAAUGGCUGGUCUGAGAAAUUAACGAAACGUCCACGCGCUGUUUCUGUUCAACAAAUAAUUAAAAUGAUUGUUUCUUCAAAAACAAUCUUCAGUGAAACGACUGGCAGUUGA